CUUCCAGGGCCGUGGAAGGGAUAAAUGUCUCCCACACAGAGAGCCUCAUGAACGGAGCUCGAAGCAUGGGCAUGUUCGUAGGCAUCUUUACCAUCAUAGCGACCUGGGUGGAUGGUGGGCAGCUGAACGGCACUGCUGAAGUGAUCGCGAAAAGUGGCUUCAUCUGGUGCCAGGCCCCUUUAGGCUACGCCGUGAGCCUCCUCUUUGGUGGUUUCCUGUUUGCGGGCAGGAUGUGGCGUGCUGGGUAUGUGACCAUGCUCGACCCACUGCACGAGGCCUUCGGCGACGUCAUGGUCGCACUCCUUUUUCUGCCAGCUCUUCUGGGCGAGAUCUUUUGGGUUGGCGCCAUCAUGAAUGCCUUGGGCGCCACGGUGAGCGUCAUGACUGGGCUACACACGACAAUGGCUAUCAUCGUGUCGUCCGUGGUCGCUGUCCUGUACACCAUCACGGGCGGACUCUACUCGGUCGCCUACACGGACAUCGUAGAGCUCGUCUGUAUCUUCGUCGGUAUGUGGGCGUGUAUUCCGUUCGCUCUUACCAACGAACACGUGGAUCCCAUAACGAGCACCAGUAAAGAUUGGAUCGGAACCAUCUCAGCCGCCGAUGUGCCCAGCUACAUCGACAACUAUCUUCUUUUCAUCUUCGGAGGAAUCCCGUGGCAGGAUUAUUUUCAACGUGUACUGUCUUCGAAAAGCGUGUUAAGAGCCCAGGUGCUGUCGUACGUGGGAUGCCUUGGAACUAUAAUCAUGACCAUACCCCCAGUCAUCAUCGGUAUGGUGGCAAGGUCGGCACGAUGGAACGAGACCGACAUCGAUAUAGAUCCUCUCGACGAGAGUUCCCUGAUCCUCCCACUCGUGCUCCAGUACCUGACGCCUUCCUACAUCUCCUUCCUGGGCAUGGGUGCGGUGGCUGCAGCCGUUAUGUCCUCCGCAGACUCGUGCCUGCUCAGCUGCGCCUCCAUGUUCACCAGGAACAUCUACACCACUAUCAUCCACAAGAAUGCGUCAGACAGGGAGACCACGUGGGUCCUUCGCCUCACCGUAAUAGCCGUGGCCAUGGGCUCCACCGCUCUGGGCAUCACCAUCGACUCUGUGUAUGCCCUGUGGACCCUGAGCUCCGACCUCGUAUAUGUCAUACUUUUUCCUCAGCUGGUGGCCGUAGUGUACUUCAGGACGUACUCCAAUGGUUGGGGCUCCCUGGCUGCCUAUGUGACUGGCUUUGCCCUGCGUGUGCUGGGGGGUGAACCUGCGCUCAGCUUGCCCGCUGUCAUCAAGUAUCCAAACUACGACGAAGAUAGUCUGGCGCAAAGGUUCCCUUUCAAGACUAUGGCCAUGCUUGCCAGUUUCGUAGUUCUCAUCGCAGUGUCUGCCCUGACCAGGAAUUACGAGGGCCCAGCGAACUGUUGCGCGUGUCUCAGCGGCUCUUCCGUAGAAGUGUCCAACGGUGAUGUGCGGCAUUUUGAAGAAGAGGAGUACUCCACUCCGGGUGCUUUCAAAAACCGAGCUUUUCAGAAGGAAGAGUAAUGACUAGCUCUAUCGCAUUAAAACGUAUCUUUCUAUUGUCACGAUGCGACUGCACAGUGUGAACUCUUCCAAUCAAGACGUGUUUCUGGUGGCCAAGUGAUGAGUCACCACUGGUGCAGCCACUGGAAGUUGCAGUAAGCCAGUGUUUGAAAUCACUGUCAUUGGCUGUGCCCUUUCACUGGCACUGGCUGUGCUUGGGUGUUGUGUUGUUUAUGACCAAUGAACUGCCACUGACCUGACUGUUAAGAGGAGGACAUGUACAAUGCAAUUAUACCACUAGACAUAGUGCUGUGCCAUUUUCUACAGUAUUUGGCUUUUUUAGAUUUUCUGGCUUUUACUAGAUCACUACUGUAUGACUGUAAACAUACAUCAGCCCAUGUCUAUGUCAUAAUUCAAAGCAAGCAGUGGGUUUACAAGCCUGCCAUAUAAUUUAGCACACACAAAUUGUGCAUCAGUGAC